AUGUUUCAUCAAAUCAGCUCCACUCUAUUGGAAAACAAACGCCUCUCAAUUCCCUUGCUCUCUGCCUCAGCAACAAGCCCUACUAGCAGCAUUAGCAGCAACAGCAGAAGCACAAGCAGCGAGGUAGAUGAAAGCCCGCGGGAUUCAGGCCAUUUCGAGCUCCAAGAUCAUGUCAAGUGUCGAUCUCCAUGUGUACCCUUUUCGGGGUCUUUCUCGUAUCGAUCAUUGGCUGUGCUCUCUGGCCAUGUAGGCUCAGUUUCAUGCUUGGCCUUAUGUGGGGAAUUCAUUCUCAGUGCUUCACAAGGCAAAGACAUCAUAGUGUGGCAACAGCCUGAUUUGAGGCCUUUCACCAAGUUUGGACAAGGCGAUGGCUCUGUCAAGGCACUUGUCACCGUUGGGAACAAGGUCUUUACAGCUCACCAGGAUAGCAGGAUUAGAGUUUGGAAGGUUUCGCGGCGAUCGGAGAAUGUGUUUAGGCUUGUUGAUACACUUCCCACAACUAAAGAUUAUUUGGGGAAGUUCAUGAAACAGAGCAAUUAUGUCCAAACUCGGAGACAUCACAAGCGAUUGUGGAUCGAACACGCCGAUAGUAUAUCUUGUUUGGCCUUCUAUAACGGCUUGAUUUACUCUGGAUCAUGGGAUAAGACUCUUAAGGUGUGGAGGAUCUUGGAUUUGAAGUGCAUAGAAUCCAUCAAGGCUCAUGAUGAUGCUAUUAAUGGGCUGGUGGCAGGUAAUGGGAUUGUGUAUUCUGCUUCUGCAGAUGGAAAAAUUAAAGCUUGGGGAAAAGAGGGGAAGAGCUCACAUUGUUUGAAGGGUAUUUUGGAGGGUCAUAAGGAUGUUUCGCUUAAUUCUGUGAUCGUUUCGGAGGAUGGUAGAUGGGUUUAUGGAGGCGGUUCGGAUGGGUUUGUGAUGGGAUGGCAAGGGAGUUGUGGUGAUGUUCAAAAUCAAAUUGAGAGCUGGAAGUUGGUUUGUGAAACAAAAGCACAUCAAAUGGCUGUUUUGUCUAUGUGUUUGAUGGGGGAGAUGUUGUGCAGUGGCUCAGCUGAUAAGAGCAUUGGCAUAUGGAAGAGAGAGGCUUUUGGCAAGCUUUGUAAAGUUGGGAUCAUUAGUGGCCAUGAAGGGCCAGUUAAGUGCUUGCAGGCAUCACCAAAUAAUGUUGGUGGUGGUUUCAUGUUGUACAGUGGAGGCCUUGACAAGAGCUUAAGGGUUUGGUGGGUUCCCAAGCCCUCUAAUAAUAGAGCAGAGGAAACCACAGAGGAAAAGUCCAUCAUCUUAUGCUAG